ACUUUCCCAGCAUUUUCUUCUUACCUACCGUUAUUAAAGCAUAUGAUAAUACCCCUAAUAAAAAUCCCAACAAAUUCCGACCGAACUGGCAUUACUAUUGGUCCAAACACACUCCCCAACAAUCCUUAUACUUGUCAUCAUGCUGCCAAAGUCCAAGUCAUUCGGAAAAACAAUAAUCAAUUGGAAAACAUUCAAGAGUAAAACUUUCUGGCCAUUUUCAUGUCCUUCCUUAGUGGUGUAAAACCAUUGACUGACUCCAAAUACUUUUAGUUUUGCAAUGAUAUUUUCUUUCGAAUACUAAUACUUCUCCCAAAUUGAAUUAAAUUAAAUCACGCAACUCUUGCUAUGGAGGUCAUUUAUUAUAAAUAGCAGAAGGCAGUAGUGAAGAGAGCAAGCAACCUCCUUUCAACUUUCAGAUCUGUUCUUUUUCCUCUCCUUUCUGUCUAGUCAUGACUCAAACAACUCCAAACCAUACCCAAACUGUUUCUGGCUGGGCAGCUCACGAUUCUUCUGGGAAGAUCACUCCUUACAUUUUCAAAAGAAGAGAGAAUGGCAUAAACGAUGUAACCAUAAAGAUCUUGUACUGUGGGAUCUGCCACACUGAUAUCCACCAUGCCAAGAACGACUGGGGCAUCACUAUUUACCCUGUUGUCCCAGGGCAUGAGAUUACUGGGAUCAUUACAAAAGUUGGAAGCAAUGUAAAGAACUUCAAAGUGGGAGACAGGGCUGGAGUUGGAUGCUUGGCAGCUUCUUGCUUGAAUUGUGAGUUCUGCAACAAUGAUCAGGAAAAUUAUUGCGACCAGAUACAGUUGACAUAUAAUGGCAUUUUCUGGGAUGGUAGCAUCACCUAUGGUGGCUACUCUGAGUUCUUGGUUGCAGAUCACAGGUAUGUGGUGCAUAUACCAGAAAGCCUGCCGAUGGAUGCAGCAGCGCCCUUGCUCUGCGCUGGAAUCACUGUAUUUAGCCCCAUGAAAGACAACAAACUGCUGGAUUCUCCGGGUAAAAAGAUAGGGAUAGUUGGUCUAGGGGGUCUUGGACAUGUAGCAGUAAAGUUUGGCAAGGCAUUUGGUCACCAUGUCACUGUCAUUAGUACCUCUCCAUCUAAAGAAAAAGAGGCGAAAGAACGUUUGGGCGCAGAUGAUUUCAUAGUUAGCACCAAUCCUGAACAAAUGCAGGAAGGGAAGAAGACAUUAGAUCUUAUAUUGGAUACAGUAUCAGCUAAUCACUCCCUUGGGCCAAUCUUGGAAUUGCUCAAAGUGAAUGGGACAUUGGUGGCAGUAGGUGCACCAGAAAAGCCAUUUGAGCUGCCUUCUUUCCCUUUGAUAUUUGGCAAGAGAUCAGUGAAAGGGAGCAUGACAGGAGGAAUAAAAGAAACACAAGAAAUGAUGGAUGUUUGUGGCAAGCACAACAUCACUUGCGACAUUGAGGUUGUUAAACCAGACAAAAUCAAUGAAUCCUUAGAUCGACUUGCAAGAAAUGAUGUUAGAUACCGAUUUGUCAUUGACAUUGCAGGAAACUUUAACCCAUCACAUCUUUAGAGAAGCAAGAGUAGUCUUGGUUCUCAUCUACCUAUCUUCUAGUUCACUUUGCAGGAAACUUUAACCCCUCACAUCUUUAGACAAACAGAGUAGUCUUGGUUCUCAUCUACCUAUCUUCUAGUUCACUUUGUUGUCUCAUUCAAGUCUCAGUAAACUAUUUAUCUACUUCUGUGUAUCUCUUAAGAGAUUAAUAAACAAACAAAUAACUUUUGAUUGAA